AAUCACCCAAUAGCUGCUGGAUAAAGUCACAGGGCCCGGGAACAAGGCGGGAUGGCAUAUCACAACGGAGACCGAGCCAGGGACAAACGGUGUAUUUCGUGCAUUGAAAUGUGUCUUUAACAAGCCGUUCGUAGAAAUGAAAUUCUUGAGUCUAAACCGGCGCGGAACUAGAACGAAUAGGAUACGGAAAAUGCAUCGCUAUGUUCGAGAGGCAACAGUGGCGAGCGCACGAGGUAUCGUCCAACGACAGUAAAUGAGAGGUUUCCAGUUGCUAUAGUGUUGCCGAGAGCCAGGAAAACUCAGAGGAAAAAACACCGCAGUAGCAUAUACGUUUUUCAAACCAACGCUUGUGCAGAAUAGUAAUACUUGCACACACUUCACCUGUACAGAGGUGACAGUCAGUCAGCAGUAAUCAUGGCUGACCAACAGGAGGCACUAGAUGGGAUGUACGUGGAGCACCAGUACAUGUGCAGUGAGUGCCAUCAGCUCUUCAACACCCUGGAGGAAGUAUUGGUGCAUCAGCAGAUCCAUACAGGUGUAGAGGGGGAAGAGGCAGAGGAAAUGGCUAUCCAGGGCCUCUCUGAGGAGGGGGAGAGCCAGUACCAGUGCCUGGAGUGUGGCGCCCUCCUUAGGAACCCAGAGGAACUGCUAUUGCAUCAGGAGAUGCACAUGAGAGAGGCCGGGAUGGAUACGGAACACCAUGAGCUGUGUGAGGUGUUGGAGACGGACGAAGCAGGCGGUGAUGCCCAGGUGUCAGGCCCGGUCCAGUACCAGUGUCUGGACUGCCUGGCGCUGUUUGACUCGCCCGAGGUGUGGCUGGAACACAGGCAGACCCACAGCAGAAGUAGCACCCACAGCAACACGGUCACUGAGUAUGUGCUGCAGCCGGAUGGAACCGUGACUCCGCUGGGCAACGUUCAGAACUUUGUGUUGAGCGAAGAGCAAGCCGGGGAAAUACUAGCACAGGUGCUGGCCCAGCAGCAACUGCAGAAGCAGCAGCAGCAGAAACAGCGGGCCGCCUCCAAGCCUGCCUCCCAUCCCCGUGGCUCCCUCCUGCCCCCCGUGUCCCCCCUCCCCGGCUCAGCCACCAUGCGUCUCCAGAUCCUCACGGCCCAGGCCCUGGCGGACGGCUCCACUCCUACCCUGCGCCGGGCCAAGCUCCUCCCUCCUCUGCUCACCCCUCUGGGGCCGGGCUUGGCAGGAAAGCUGGGGGUCCAGGGGAACGGCCUCCAGCGUCUGGAGCUGACUCUGCCCUCCGGGCUGCGAGAUGAGAAACAGCAGCAGGAGGUGCUCAUCAUCCACCCGUACGAGUGCUCCGAGUGCAACCUCCUCUUUCAGACGCCGGAGGACUUCCUCCAACACCAGGGGGAGCACUUCCUGGGUCAGGACAAGGAGAGCGGAGAGGCGGGCGUGAUGACCGGCUACGAGGAGGAAGGGUCGAGGGAGGACGAGGCGGAGAGGACGGAGGAGGUCAGGAAAAAGGCGGCUGAGAAGAAAGCGACCGUGUGGGUUCGACCUCAGCAGUGCGGCCAGUGCAGUCGCUCGUUCACCUCGGCCAAUCGGCUGGCAGCUCACCAACGCGUGCACGAGCAGGGCACUCACGAGUGCCCCGAGUGUGACAAGGUGUUCAAGAAGGAGUCGUCGCUUCAGACGCACAUGCGCACGCACUCGGGCGAGGCGCGUUACCUGUGUGUGGACUGUGGACACGGCUUCACCACGGAGAUGACCCUCAUCCUGCACAGGAAGUCCCACACUGCCGAGCCACUGCACAAGUGCCAGUUCUGUUCCAAAACGUUCACCAACAUGACCAAGUUCCUGUACCACCGGCGCACUCACCUCCCGCGCGACCCCCCGGUCACUACCAGCCCCGUUGCCAUGGUACUGGCUGAGCCCAGGCGGGUGUCCCUCUCUGCCCUGGCCAUCCUGCAGAGAGCCAGGGCCAGGAGGGAGGGCAGCUGGCCCCUGGAGGCCCCGGACCAGAGCCUGUUGGCCCCCCUCAUCGAGGAGAUGGAGGCCUCAGGGGAAGGCCUGGCCCCCAGCUCCCAGGCUGGGGGAGGGAGAGAGGGAGGAGAGGUGAACGGAGAUGCGGUGCCCGCUCCUGCUGGGUGGUCUGGCGAGGCCCGACCAGGAGACGCCUCGAUCUCUGGACCCUCUACAACCUCGGAUCCACCCACCACUUCUGGCUCGGCGGAACAACCCAGGUUCGUCUCCGAGGGAGGGGCCGAAAAGGGGGCGUACCCAUGCCCCUCCUGCGACAAACGCUUCCCCUCCCAGCUCCGCCUCCUUCGCCACCGCCACACGACCCACGUGACCGACCGUCGCUUCAAGUGCGGCGUCUGCGGCAAGUCCUUCAAGAAGCAGAUCCACGUACGCAACCACCUGCGGACCCACACGGGCGAGAGGCCCUACCAGUGCUCCGACUGCGGCAAGACCUUCACGUCCCUCGCCAACCUGACCCGCCACAACCUCACCCACUCGGGGCUGCGCCCUUACCGCUGCGACGUCUGCCACCGCUCCUUCACCCAGUCCUCCAACCUGCGGCAGCACCGCCUCCUCCACGCCAACCCCACCCCCUGGCCCUGCCCAGACUGCCCCUCCACUUUCAAGUGGUCGGCCAAGCUAGCCGCGCAUCGCUACAGCCAGCACCCGGGCUCCCCCGCCCCCUUCCCCUGUUCCCACUGCGAGGCUGGCUUCAUGUACCGGAGGCAGCGCGACAUCCACUGCCUGGAGGCCCACCUCUCCCUGCUCCAAGCUGGGCUGGAGGGAGAGGCCCAGGGUCACAACGGGGAAUCCAGCGCCGACCCUUCCACCUCGGGCGACGGCCAGGAGCCCCGGGCCACGUCCGGGCAGGAGAGAGGCCGUCUGGACUGCGCCGUGUGCGGGAAGAAGCUCAACUCUCCAGCCAACCUGCGUCUGCAUCAGCUGAGCCACAACAUGGGUCCGGGAAGGCCUCGCGGUAGCAGUAGCGGUCCUCGGGUCAAAGCGCACGAGUGUCCCAUCUGCAAAAAGCUGUUUGUUUCGUCCUCCGGCUUGGCCCUGCACCAGCGCGUCCACACGGGCGAGCGUCCGUUCCCCUGCGGCGUGUGCGGCAAGCGCUUCCGGCAGAACACGCACCUGCGCGAGCACCUGCGCACGCACUCGGGCGAGCGGCCGUUCCGCUGCGACACGUGCGGCAAGGGCUUCGUCCAGAGCAUGCACCUGGCGGAGCACCGGCGCACACACACGGGCGAGCGUCCGCACGCCUGCCCGCUGUGCGGCAAGGCCUUCAAGACCUUCUCCAACCUGCGCAACCACAAGAUGACUCACGCUCGCCAGCAGAGGCUGGAGCAGGAGGCCGCCGCCCAGGCCGCCGCCCAGGUCGCCAUGGAGACCAGCGCCGCCGUUGCCGUGGUGGACGCCUCGGCCGUGGAGCUGGCCAAUGGGCAGACGCAGCUCAUCCAGAUCCAGGCCUCCGACCUGCAGCAGCAGACUCAGGGUACCCCCACCAUCAUGUGUAAUGAGUUUGGGGAGACCAUCGCCAUCAUCGAGACCACUGAGGGGGGCACCCUGCCCCUGGCAGAGGCCAUCGAGAUCUACCAAACGGCUCUGGAGAACAGCCUGGGCAUGGACACCAUCGCUGUGGACAACCUGCACACACUCUGAGGACCACACACACCUCGCACGCGCACACCUCGCACGCGCACACCGUGAAUACCAACCCUUCAAUCAGAACCCGCAUACUCAAGACUGAGGGAAGGAUGCAUUUUUAGAUAGUCAACUAACUAGGGUUACACAGCUACUGUCAGCCAUUUUGAAAGGCCAACAUGGAAAAGUGUUAUGGAUGGACUGGACCGAUGAGAUGAAUGUGAGCUCAUGGUGUUUUUGUCUGUGUCCUUUUUACCUGUGAUCUGAAAGCCCCCCCUCUUAUCAUUGCACUCUCACGAUGAAUGUCAGCGGUGAGACUAACAAGACUAAUGUGAGCUCAGCUAAGUGUGCUCAGAUAUAAAAUGUGUUUCACACGUCAUCUGAAAGGGUUGCCCAGUGUUGACUCUUGAGCUUUAUCUAGAAAGGGUGUGAAAAACCUAAAAACUGUGAUUAUUAUAAAGAUAUGAUCGCCUUAAUAAAGUCCAUUUCAAAUCCCUUGAAGGAAACAUUGCAGAUAUUUUUACAGACCAAAUUGUGUGAAGGCGGAUGUGGUUGGAGCAAACACCUGUUAGUGCUUCAGUUCAGCUCUUUCGUGUUUUUACUCGAUGGCCUGUACAUUCAGCCUUGGUCUGAAAAUGUGAUUGUUGCAUUAUUAGGAUGUCUUUUUGUUGUAAAUAAAUACAUUGCUAAAUAAAUGAUGUUUUCCAACAUGC